AUGAGCGGAGACGGCAGCCAAGGAGCCGAUAUCCAUGUCAUCAACACCUACUUGAAUGACGUCGAAUGGUUUUACUACAUCUCCCAACAAAGUACAAUGCAACACCGGACUUGUACAGUCUGGCCAGUUCUGGACUUAUACGCUCAGCCUCAGCCAAAAGUAGAGCACAAAGAACUAGUUGAUUAUUUUCAAACAGCUGCUCAUCGCUCGUUAAUUACAUUUGCUGUUGACACAUCACCUAUUCGAGAUUCAGUACUCCGCAUGGCCCUUGCUCGCGAUGCUCAUUCAGGGCUAGCUAUCUUCUACGCGAUACUUGCCAUCUCCUCACUUUGUCGAAGAGGUCUUCACCAAGAAGCCGUUCAAUACAAACUUGCUGCAAUCCACGUUCUAUUUGAAUAUGUGAAGGGUGGGAGUAUAGGUCCGGCCGAUGCUGCCCAACAUGUUGCUGCAUGCAUGCUUCUGGCCGCCUUUGAGGUGCGUUCAAAAGAUUUUGAGAAAAAAUUCGGAUACGAAGUAACAGCUCUGUUUACUCAGAUUAUUACUCCACAUGAGAGUUCUGGAGAGUGGCUUAGAUAUGUACGAAUGGCUGCUGACCUUAUCCAACGAAAUCAACUCGAAGUGCAUCUAGCUGCAGACGAUGUUAGAAAUGUCCUUGACUGGGCUCAUUACCAAUCUGCACUCUCCAAAUUUACCACGGCCCACACGAAAGGCGCUACCGUGAAACCGAACAGCUUUGAGUCGGAUGAUCCCGAUAUCAUAGCAAUUUCACAAUUACCUACGAUACUUGACUAUCCCAGCUCACGAACCAAAAUUCUCAACUUGCUUUCUACUACAUUUGACACCAUUAUCGAUCCAAGAAGUCAGUUAGGCCAAAGCGAAGGCUACAAAGAUCGACUCGUAAAUCUUAAGAGAAUCAUCCAGGCCUUCCCCGUCACUCCGCUAUAUAACAACACAAGCCCCUGUCCGAAAACUACAGAGCUUUACAGAAUUGUCACGAUAAUUUACCUGUACCGUGCAUCACAGGGCUUCCUCCAAUUCUCGGAAGAGAUUGAAUCUCUGACCAACAGGGCGUAUUCCAUGCCCAACGAAUGGCCAUGUUGCUUUCACUUCUUUCCCGUACUCAUACUGUCUUGUGAAGCGCGGACAGAAGAAAGAAGACUCUGGAUUCUCCGCCUUCUGAAAAGGUCCAGCCACGGGCCCCGUGGACGAGAAUUGCAGGCGCUGAGGAUCGCCGUCCAGUCUUUAUGGGUCCAGCAAGAUCUUCACGCCGACAGCGAUGUAUUGAUAAAUUAUUAUGGUCUGAUUAGCUCUGUCGUGAGCUCUUCAAGUUCACUUACACCAUUUGUAUAG